CUAAAGAUUUCAAGAACCACACCACGUCUGCAGUCUGAAAGAGAGUAACAGCAUAAUCUGCAUUAGGUAAAAUGGUGGCACCGUAACGAAGGGGAAAACUGUCUGAACUAAGUGAGGUAGAAAUUUAAUAUAGAAAAAAAGUAUAUUGCAGUUAGAUUAUUUCUUAAAAAAAAAAAAAAAAAGCUAAAUCAAUGGGUAUUUUAAAGAGAAGAUAUCACUAAUUACAAUUUUCUAUACAUUAUAGAAUAAGGAAAGUUGAAAGAAAAACUAGAAUAGUUGUAAAGGGGAAGGUCCAAACCAAGAAUAAUAGAUAAUUGGACAAGAAAACUAAAUGAGUGGUUGGAGGGGGGACAGAAAUUUCAUGACAAAGGAGAAAAACUGUUGAGUCUGUCCAUCAUCAAAAAACUGUGGAAAGGAGUGAAGAUUCUGGGAACAGAAUGGAGCAUCUGAAAGCAGCCUGGUUGUGCCUUAUACUAAGCGCGUUGUACAGCACCAACUCUGCCAAAUUCAGCCACGAAGCAUGGCUGCAGCAGUAUGGCUACCUUCCUCCAGGAGAUCUCCGCACACACACUUUGCGCUCACCACAGUCUAUGAAUGCUGCUAUUGCUGCUAUGCAGAGAUUCUAUGGACUGACUAUAACAGGCAAGAUGGACAGUGCCACCGAAAGUGCUAUGAGAAGACCACGUUGUGGGGUCCCUGAUAAAUUUGGCUCUGAAAUUAAAGCAAAUGUAAGACGUAAGAGAUAUGCCAUCCAAGGUCUGAAGUGGCAGCACAGGGAUAUUACCUACUGUAUACAGAACUACACCCCCAAAAUAGGUGAAUAUGAGACAAAUGAGGCAAUCCGACGAGCAUUUAAAGUUUGGCAGAGUGUGACCCCACUGCACUUUAGAGAGGUUCGAUAUGUGGAUAUUAAAGAUGGACAUGUCAAACAUGCUGACAUCAUGCUCUUCUUUGCUGAGGGCUUCCAUGGAGACAGCACUCCAUUUGAUGGAGAAGGGGGAUUCCUUGCACAUGCAUACUUUCCUGGUCCUGGUAUUGGUGGGGACACCCAUUUUGACUCAGCAGAACCAUGGACGGCCAGGAAUGAUGAUUUAGAUGGUAAUGACCUGUUCUUGGUGGCUGUACAUGAACUUGGUCAUGCAUUGGGUUUGGAGCAUUCUAAUGAUCCCUCGGCCAUCAUGGCACCAUUCUACCAAUGGAUGGACACGCAAAACUUCCAACUUCCAGAUGAUGACCGAAGAGGAAUCCAGCAACUUUAUGGUACUGGUCAUGGAGAAAUCCCUCCUACACGUGCUCCUCGUCCUCCUAUAACUCCCAGCAAGGGACCAGAUAACUCUCCUGAUGAGCCCAAUAUUCCUCCCUAUGGACCAGACAUAUGCCAAGGCAACUUUGACACAGUUGCUGUGCUAAGAGGGGAGAUGUUUGUGUUCAAGGAACGCUGGUUCUGGCGAGUUCGUAAUAAUCGUGUGAUGGAUGGGUAUCCAUUGCCUAUUGGACAGUUUUGGCGUGGGCUUCCAAGUUCUAUUAACUCUGCUUACGAGCGCAAGGAUGGCAAAUUUGUAUUCUUUAAAGGAAAUAAGCACUGGGUUUUUGAUGAGGCCACUUUAGAACCUGGAUAUCCCAAAACUCUAGUUGAGCUUGGCCGGGGAUUACCCAGUGACAGGAUUGAUGCGGCCCUCUACUGGAUGCCCAAUGGAAAGACCUACUUUUUCAGAGGAAGCAAUUACUAUCGGUUUAAUGAGGAAAUGAGGGCUGUGGAUACUGAGUACCCAAAACCCAUCAAUGUGUGGGAUGGAAUCCCCAACUCAGUGCGAGGAGCAUUUAUGGGCAGUGAUGGAGCCUUCACCUACUUUUUCAAAGGCAAUAACUAUUGGAAAUUCAACAACCAGCAGUUGAAGACAGAAUCAGGCUAUCCUAAAUCUGUUUUGCGGGACUGGAUGGGCUGCACCACUUCCCGACAGCCCACAGACGAUGAUGAGGAAAAAGAGGUUGUGAUCAUAGAGGUGGACGAGGCUAGUGGGAGCGUCAGUGCUGCAGCCAUUGUGGUUCCUGUCCUGCUCUUACUGUGUGUGGUGAGCCUUGGAGUGGCUGUUCUGCUCUUUAGGCAAUGUGGAACUCCCAAAAGGCUCCUAUACUGGCAACGCUCCCUUCUGGACAAGGUGUGAAACCCCAAGAAUUUGGACCCUCCCCCCAUCAUUGCCUCUUCAACCCCCGCUGAACCCCAUCACCUACUCAACACGGGGGGGUUUGUGUCAAUCCAUGGAGGCAGGGAUAAAAAUAAUGCAGUUUGCACCAUUUUUGCCUCUUGUUAUUUAUGUAACACACAAUGUUGUGUUUAACCCCUUCACUGCCAGACUGGAGUCAUUCCUAGUGGUUAUUGUAUGGGCGCAGAUUAUCUUUACAAUGACUCUCCAAAUCCUGCAUGCUCAUACAUCUACCAACGGUCAGUGCAGAGAGGUACCCCCCAGUAGAGGGACAAGAAAGGAGCUAAUUAAUUUAAUAAUGAGGAUUAUACAAGCAAGUGAUGACCAACCCAAUUACCUCUAUUACUCAUUUGAAGCAGUCUUUUUGAAGAGGUUGUAUUCUUGCCAGCUGUCAGUAAUGUUAGGAAUGAGUAUAUGAAAGUGCACGUAUGAUGUUUGUAAUGAUCCUGCAAAAGUUGUGCCCCUUAUUGUGCACCUACAGACCUGUCGGUUUAUAUAACACAGGCAAUGAGAUUAUUAGCCAAAAGAGGGUCAAAUUCAAAUAGUGUGAAGUGUGAAUCAGUUUGGGUUUUGGAAGGUUGCAAUCCUGAGCCUUUAGUUAUUUGCAGGAGUGAAUAUUUUAAAUGGCCAGUCACACCUUGGGGCGAGGUGACAGAAUGACAGUGACAUAUGAUAUUACAUAACAAACACUGGCACUUUUAACAAAAAAGAAAUCGGAGUAGAAUAUUAAAUUUACAUCUCUAUGGACAUGUCUACCCAAUACUGUACGUGUGAUCAUAGUACUGCCAAGUAAUGUGACAGCUUGACCUGGGGACAGAUGAGGAGUUAGUUCAUUUAGCGGAGCAGGAAUCUGUAUACAGAAAGGGAGGGACAGGUCUAAGGUCAGUGUCACUUAGCUCAUAAAGUGCCCCCCACCCAGCUAUAUAUAUAUAUUUUUGACGCCUCCUCUCUUCCCUCUAGCAUCAUAUUUAUUUCAGAGACUCAAUCAGGAAAUGGUUAAAUUGCAGAUUACCAGGAUAUCUGCAGGCCUGUCUCUGACAGGAAAGGGGUAAAUGAAUGCUCCGCAGGUCUCUGGCAGGGAAGGGGUUAAGAAGAGCAGAUCACAUGGUACGGUUGGGGGUGGGGGUCACAUUUGCUUGUUUGUUUGUUUUUUUACUUAUUUCUGUUUUAUAUUUUUAUUAUAAUUAUUAUUUGAUAACUUGGCUCCGCGCUCGAGUUCCUGCAGGUCAGGCCUUUUUGCGCAUUCAACCUCUCCACUGACAGAGGAACCUGCAGAGUAUCUCUAAUAAGUGAAUAGAGCAAUGUUCUGCUGGGCCUUCCCCUGCCACUGUGGAAACCCUUUUACCCCUCCCCCAAAUGCAAGCACCACACAGGGGAGAAAGUACUUUAUUAUUCACCCUUGUGUAUCUUCUAAUAAUAUGACCUCAUACAGUGCUUUUGGGUGAAGGGAUCACAUCUGCAGCACUCCCUUUGUCAGUGUUAUGUAAUUGGAGGAGGGGGUAUAGGGUACCCCCCUCCUGGACGUUUUAUUAAAGCUUAACAAGUGGACACAUUCUGUGUUUUUUAUGUUUUUUUUUUUGUAAAAUAUAAGGACUAUUUGUUAUAAAUAAAGAAUUCAAGUUUUGUAAAAUUAGAAUUUAACAAUUUUAA